AUGAAGAUUACAAAACCACACGCGGCCAUGUUCGCCAGCCCAGGAAUGGGCCACGUCAUCCCGGUGAUCGAACUCGGAAAACGCUUAGCUGGAUCUCACGGCUUCCACGUCACCAUCUUCGUCCUCGAAGCCGACGCAGCCUCCGCUCAGUCCCAAUUCCUCAACUCACCUGGCUCCGACGGGAACCUUGUUGACGUCAUCGGACUCCCCACGCCGGACAUCACAGGGUUAGUGGACCCGUCAGCCUUUGUCGGCGUCAAGCUCUUAGUCAUGAUGCGUGAGACCAUUCCCACCCUCCGGUCAAAGAUCGCUGAGAUGGAGCACAAACCAACGGCUCUGAUCGUAGACGUGAUUGGCUUGGACGCGUUAAAGCUCGGUGAAGAGUUCAACAUGCUGACUUAUGUCUUCAUCGCCUCAAACGCGCGUUUUCUCGCGGUGGUUAUGUAUUUCCCAACGCUGGACAAAGACGUCGAAGAAGAGCACAUAGUCAAGAAGCAACCAUUAGCUAUACCGGGAUGCGAACCGCUUCGGUUUGAGGACACCCUUGAACCAUACCUUGACCCGAACGGCCAGACGUACCGGGAAUGUAUUCCUCUCGGUUUACUAUACCCGACGGCUGAUGGCUACAUUGUGAAUACUUGGGAUGAUAUGGAGUCCAAGACUUUGAAAUCUCUUCAAGAUCCUAAUCUCUUGGGUAAGAUCGCUCGUGUACCGGUUUAUCCAAUUGGUCCUUUGAGCAGACCGGUCGAUCCAUCGAAAACUAAUCAUCCGGUUUUGGAUUGGUUAAACAAACAACCGGACGAGUCGGUGCUUUACGUAUCAUUCGGAAGCGGCGGCUCUCUCUCGGCUAAGCAGCUAACGGAAUUGGCUUGGGGGCUCGAGCUGAGUCAGCAACGGUUCGUUUGGGUGGUCCGACCGCCUGUAGACGGUCCAGCUAGCAGCGAGUAUUUCACGGUUAACAACGGGGAAAGACGAAACUGUACGUCGGAUUAUCUACCGGAAGAUUUCGCUAGCCGGACUCACGAGAGAGGCAUGGUCGUCCCUACGUGGGCCCCGCAAGCUGAGAUCCUGGCCCACAAGGCCGUUGGAGGGUUUCUGACCCACUGCGGUUGGAACUCGAUUCUUGAGAGUGUUGUCAACGGUGUUCCGAUGAUCGCCUGGCCGCUUUUCGCCGAUCAGAAGAUGAAUGCGACGCUGCUCAACGAGGAGCUUGGAAUUGCCGUCCGGUCUAAGAAAUUACCGUCGGAGGGAGUGAUUUGUAGGGAGGAGAUAGAGGCAUUGGUGAGAAGGAUAAUGGUGGAGGAGGAAGGUUGUGUGAUGAGAGACAAGGUGAAGAAGCUGAAAGACACGGCGGCGGAGUCGGUGAGUUGCGACGGUGGAAGUGGAACGGCACACAAGUCUCUGUCGAGAGUCGCCGACGAGUGCGAGCGUCAUUUAGAGCGCGUCAAAGGAAAGGCACGUGGUUCCUAA